AUGACUGAAGACCAGGAUCUAAUGGCCAAGAUUAGCCAGCUCGCUGGCCAGAUCAAUAAGCAUAAAACCCAGACCUCCCAAUCACCAGCUCCUUACAGUGAUUAUCCUCAUUCAGGUCCCUUCGUAUCGCGUCAUGCUGCCUCUCGAGGGCGCCCUGGUUGGGCGCCAUAUCGCGGACGGCCAUACGCGCGGGGUCGCGCUCGCGCUGGAGCAUCCCACCGUCACCGUACCCUCAUUCUCAACAACGCAGGAACGUCGGGCACUCCCCAGAGCUCCACCCCUUCUGUUGGCGCUGCUUCAGAUAACGAUGGCGAGAGUCGAUCGGUAACUCCAAGCGGAUGGGUUGCCAAACAUGACCGCCAUAUGCAGCUGAUUAACUCGGCCAUUUACGACAAAGAGGCCCAGGCGCGAGCUAAGGCGAUGGAAGAGAGUCGUAAAGCAAAGGCGCUGAAAAAGGCGCAGAUUGAACAGGCUAAAGUGCUGCGUUAUGCACAGGGUCUUGAUAGAACAUAUCCCCCGAGCGCGACCGUUCCUCAGGCAUCCGCUGCCGCUGAACCGUACCACGUUUACCUGAAUGACAUACCCUUUCGCGUUUCACGCGGUGGGGGCAAACUGAUUCGAUUAUCUGGUGCGACUUUCAUUGGCGCCACGCUGUCCAAGCGGGCUGGCUUACUGUCAAUAGGAGAUCCGAUUACCGCCAACACCACCCCAAAGCGGGUGACGGUUGCUGGCGUGACAUUUGUGCGUAGCAAGAACGAGUGUCGAUAUGCCCAUAUCCGUUUGACCCCUGGGGCACCGGUGUGCCGGGAUUUCGCCAACCUGGGUUACUGUGAGAAAGGGGCCGAAUGCGACCAGCGGCAUGUUCAUGAGUGUCCGGACUAUGCCAAUACGGGCGUCUGCAAUAAGAAACGGUGCCGGCUGCCUCAUGUUGACCGCGCUGGACAGAUCCGGAAGAACACCGCUCAUAGAACUGAUGCUCUUAAUGGCGACGAUGAGGAGUCGGAUGCUUCCAGUGAGGAUGAGGAGUAUGACGAAAUCGACUCGGACGAUGUUGACUCGGACGAGCUCGAUGAGGAGCCGGAACUCAUUGAGGGAGCCGGCAAUGGCGAUCUCUUGCCACAGCAGGAUUUCAUCCAUUUCUAG